AGCACUAGACAGCUAUUCACAGUCGAAAAAGGAAGUGUCUUUUGUUAGUAUUAUUGCGCUUUUUCCUCUCGUUUUUUGAUAUUUGAACAAAUCACACCUCGAGGAGUGGAUGUUAAUGAAUUCAGAUCGAAGAAUUUCGCGUGUUUUUUCCUCGGAAAUUUCCCUCUCUGACAUGGCGUAUCAGCAACCACUCUGCAAAUGGCGUUUGUAUGUCGGACUGCAGCGGAUAAUGAUUAUGUUGUUGUUCUUUGUGUUAAAUAAUGUUGCUGGACAGAUCCGCUACUCUAUCCCAGAGGAGUUGAAGAAAGGCUCCCUGAUUGGUAAUGUAGCGCAGGACCUUGGUUUAGAUUUGAGAAGGCUUCGUUCUGGUCGGGCCCGUAUCGUGACCGGAGAAAACAUCCAGUACACCGAGCUGAAGACAGACAAAGGGAUUCUAGUCGUGAAUGAGAGAAUUGACCGAGAGCAGCUCUGUGGAGAUGUGACACCGUGCAGCUUCAGCUUUGAAAUCAUUUUAGAAAAUCCCAUGGAGCUCCAUCACAUAACGAUUGAAGUGUUAGAUGUGAAUGAUCAUCCUCCUGUGUUCAAGAAAGCUGACAUUAUGUUAGACAUAAGCGAGUCAGCUAACCUAGGGGCGCGAUUUGUGCUGGACAGUGCGGAGGAUCCCGAUGUUGGCGUCAAUGGGCUGCAGAAUUAUGUUUUAACCUCAAACGACAAUUUCGUUUUGAAGCAGCAUGUGAAUCCUGACGGGAGUAAAUAUGCAGAGAUGGUGCUGCAGAAGCAGUUAGAUAGAGAGGAGGCUCCUCAUCUCUCUUUAAAGCUUGUAGCAGUAGACGGUGGGAACCCACAGAGAUCUGGCACCGUAAGUAUAGACAUAACGGUUUUAGAUGCAAAUGACAAUGCUCCUGUUUUCAACCAAUCAGUGUAUAAAGCCACUGUGAUUGAAAAUGCUUCAAGGGGCACGAAUAUCGUCACUGUUAAUGCUACAGACGCAGAUAGUGGAUCGAAUGGUUACAUCACAUAUUCAAUAUCAAACGUGAAGAGCAAUAUCGCUGAUUUGUUGUCCAUAGAUCAAGUCUCCGGUACAUUAUUUGUUUCAGGUCCAAUAGAUUUUGAAAAAGACAAGAAAUAUGAGCUUAGAAUUGAUGCAAAAGAUCAGGGGGGGUUGACGGACUCAAGUAAAGUAAUAAUUGAGGUGACUGAUGUAAAUGACAACGCCCCUAUUCUCAACGAAAUGUCAUUCACGAGUCCUGUGUCAGAGGACUCUCCUCUAGGCACAACUAUUGGCAUUAUCAAUAUAAAAGAUUUCGAUUCAGGUGAAAACGGACAGGUAUCAUGUAGAAUAGAGCAAAAUGCACCUUUCAAGGUUAAAUCUAGUUUAAGGAAUUACUACACUUUGGUAACAGACACUGUAUUAGAUCGUGAACGUGUUUCAGAAUAUAACAUCACUGUAGUAGCAACAGAUGCAGGAAUGCCUCCUCUCUCCACAAAGAAAACCUUUCAUUUAAAGGUGUCUGAUGUGAACGAUAAUGCUCCAGUGUUUCCACAGAGUGUUUACAAUGCGUUCAUCUCAGAGAACAACUCUCCUGGUGUUUCUGUUCUCACGCUGAGAGCUCAAGAUCCUGAUGAGAACCAGAACGCCCGAAUAUCUUAUAUUCUGGAAGAUGCAAAUAUCGGUGCGUCUCCAGUUUCUGAAUAUGUUUCUAUAAAUGCAGAGAGCGGAGUGAUACACGCAGUGCGUUCAUUUGAUUAUGAGCAGAUCAAACUGCUGGUUUUCGUCGUGAAAGCGCAGGAUGGAGGCUCUCCUCCACUCAGCAGUAACGUGACUGUGAAAAUAAUGAUCCAGGACCAGAACGACAACCCUCCUCAGGUUCUGUACCCGGUCCAGACUGGAGGCUCUGUGGUGGCUGAAAUGGUGCCUCGUUCAGCAGAUGUGGGCUAUCUGGUGACUAAAGUGGUGGCUAUUGAUGUGGACUCUGGACAGAAUGCCUGGCUCUCCUAUAAACUGCAGAAAGCCACAGACAGGGCGCUGUUUGAAGUGGGCUUACAGAAUGGAGAAAUCCGAACUAUCCGCCAGGUGACUGAUAAAGAUGCUGUGAAACAGAGACUGACUGUUAUAGUGGAGGACAACGGGCAGCCCUCUCGUUCAGCUACAGUCAUUGUUAACGUGGCGGUGGCGGACAGCUUCCCGGAAGUGCUGUCGGAGUUCACUGACUUUCCUCACGACAAGGAGUACAAUGACAACCUGACUUUUUACUUAGUGCUGGCUUUGGCUGUAGUGUCCUUCCUGUUCAUCACGUGUUUAGUGGUUAUUAUAUCAGUGAAAAUCUACAGAUGGAGACAGUCUCGCGUCCUCUAUCACUCCAGUCUCCCUGUGAUUCCAUAUUAUCCUCCACGUUACUCAGACACUUUGGGGACAGGGACUCUCCCACAUGUGUACAACUACGAGGUGUGCAGGACGACUGACUCCAGAAGGAGUGACUGUAAGUUCGGCGGAGCUGGUAGUCAGAACGUGUUGAUAAUGGACCCCAGUUCUACAGGGACGAUGCAGCGGAUACAGAGUGAGAAGAGCAUCCUGGAUGAACCAGACUCUCCUCUAGAGCACCUUGGACAGCAUCUCACUCCUCAUCAGUUGAUAGGAAUACUGCUUUUCUAUCCAAAUUCAGAAACUCGAAAGUUAUCUUGUUCUUCAAUCUUGGACAGUGACAGGCUUUUUGACACACACCGCUUUCAAAUGGUUGCAUUUUUUUCUGAACACAUACUCAUAGCUUCUUGUAUCCAAUUUCGCUCUUGCAGCUUGUGAAAUUUCAAGAUGGUGUUCGUUUGCAUACACUUGUGAUUCACAAUCAACCACUAUUACCAAAAGUGUCAGUUCCCUUUGUCACCUGACUCACACUCCCUGGCUCUAUGCACCUUCUAAUCCCACCAUUCCCUCCCUGUUGAGUGUGUGCUGUAUUUGUUGACUCCAGCGUCCACUCUUUGAAUUUUAGCUUACAUUAACAGACAGCUAGGAUGAAAUCUUUGACCUGCCUAAAGUAAAUCCAUAUUUUUUCUCUUGCGCAGAAACUAGAUAUAAGACGUUGUUUACUUAUUUCUACUUUUUUCUUCCAUAUUAAUUGACUAAUGACUUGUCAGUGUUUGCAGAACACAGUUUACGUAGUUGAGAUGCUGCGUUUGAUUGUAUAGAAUCAUUUUGUUCUCUGAUUUUCCACCACUUCUCUCUGGUUCCUGCUGUGUUUUCUCAGCACUCCCAGUGCUACCUCGUCUUUCAGUACCACAGACAGCGACACUCCUAUUCUUUCACUUUAGUCAACUUUAUCCCCUUUGAAGUAAUCUGUCCUUCCAAACAGUAAAAGAUUAAAUGGGUUGUUAUUGCUGU